AGAGUAUUGUAUAUGCAAUUGUCUCUCCCCCUACCCCGAAGGCCGACUACCCCACUGCUCCGCCUCGCCUCACGCCACCACGGGGGGAGCGGGAGCCCGCGUUCUGUGCCCUCCGCGCCGCUGCAGUCCCUCCCCCUGUCCAGGCGGAGAGAUCAGGUUGCCGGAGCGGAGGGGGGAUUGGAAUUGGAGCGCCAGCACCACCACAGAUGGGGGGUCUGCUCAAGGAAGAGGGCCCGGCGGUGGAUGUCUCCGUGGAGGGUACCCUGGUCUGGCUGCGCCGCCCCAACGGCUCCUGGUGGCCCAGCAUCGUCAUCUCGCCGCAAGACGUCCCCGAAGGCUGCGCCCCGCCGCCGCGCUGCCCCGCCACGCCCAUCAUGCUCCUCGGCCGUCGCCCCGACGGACCAACCUUCGUUCAGUCAAUCUCCUGCUCACUCCUCAAGUCCUAGAGUUAUGGAGUGCAGCCAGCUACUCUAAGCCUAACGAACACUUGCUUGCGCUCGCCACAGCGACUGGUGUAACCUGGCCAGGUGCAAGCGCGUCAAGCCCUUCCGCUGCGGGGAGCUCGACUUCGAGCAGCGCAUCACCAACGCCCUCACACUCGCCGCCAGCGGCAACAGGUCCAGCUGGAGCUACAACAAGGGCAGGUACGCCCGCAUGGAGGGCGCCAUUCUCCAGGCCCUCGACAUAGAGAAGGAUAGCGCUCUUGGCCCGGUAACCAAGGCCUACCUCCAUGCCCCCAGCUGCUCACCUAGUCCCAAAGUUGGAAUGCCCAACGGACAAGUCAAAGAUGCUGCACCAAAGGAUCCUUCUCCAGCCAUCCAGCCGCCUCUGCCGCCGCCGCGGUCCAAGAGGAAGCGCAAGACGCCCUAUGACUCCGAGGACGAUACGCCUCAAGGCUCCUGCCGUAUGAGGGAUCUCAGGGACAUCGGAUCCAAGACGGUCCCCACAAUGGACCUGUCUAAUGCUGCCGCAAUCUUUGCUCCCAAGUAUAAUGAUCUGCCUAAUGUUGGGCAGGCCAGAAGAAUUGUGCGCUCUCAGGCCACCACAAAGAGGAAGCAUGCUGCUGCACAUCAGGACCAACCUUGCGGGAUCCCCAGGAAGAAGGAUAGGUCUCGUCCGCUCUCAGAGCUCUGCAAUGGAGAUAUCUGGAAUGGUUCCAGACCAAAUGGUCAGAAGGCUGAUGAACACUUGUUGGGUGUGGCAACAUGUUCAAGCAGCUCCUCUGGCACUUCAACCUUGGAUACUCCAUUGGACACAAACAGCUGUCAUCGCAGCGCAGCAUCCACAGAUCAAGCAAAGGGCACAGCAAUAUCCUGCAUGGCAAGGCUACUCAGUGAUGAUUCACGGCAUGGGAAUGAUUUUGUCGGAACUCCCCCUGCUGCACAAAAUAUCUCGGAACCCGAUCAUUUGCAUAGAUAUCAACCUUGUGGAUUGACAAAUAAUCCUACCUGGAAAGCUGGGAAACAUGCAUGUAAAAGUAUUAAGAUGAGAACCAUAAGGUCUGUUGGUCAUGAGGGCAAGGACAGGACAAGAGAUUCUAAUAAUGAUCAUGGCUGCCAGAAAACAAAGACAGGAAAGCACGAAGCAGCAAGAGAUGAUGAGGUUGUCCUUUUGGAGAAUAGGCUGGAGAAGCGUUCAUUGAAUAAGAACAAGCCGGCUGAACAUGAUACUAAAAUGCAUAUUGCCAUAGUUCCUAGUGGUAUGGAUUGUGUUGGCACGGUUCAGCAGCAACACUGUAAAAGCAAGUGUGGUCCUGAGGAGUCAUUAGAAACCUUAAGCAGCCAUUCGAACUGUGAGAGUGGUUCAGUAUCGUCAGUGGUGUUUGAAAAGCCACUGCAUUUGAAUCCCAGCCUUUAUGAUGUGGAGUUGAGUGUGCUGGGGAGCAGCAACACUUGGCGCCGUGUGCCCCUUGUCUCUCUUAUGAGUAGGUUGAACUGUAAACCCGUGGUGGGGUAUCCAGUCUCGGUGGAGGUCAGCGAUGAUCUGUUUGGCUGUCCUUCAUCAAGGAGAGAUGUCCAGCUGCCCGCUACGAGUCGUUUUCAGCGCGCCGUGCCAUCAUCAGCGUUGGAGAAAGAAGAGGUGGACAGGUUAUGGCAGCCGCAUGCCAAAAGGGGAGGGGCAGGGGCAGGGGCAGUGACCUCGUCGUCGAGAAAGACGCGAGGAGCGGCGUCGGGGGCGACCAUCGCGUGCAUCCCGCUCCGAGUCGUUUUCAGCAGGAUCAACGAGGCGCUGAGAAUGCCCUAGCUGGGUGCCUUUUGUGGCCAAUGCAUUUGCUUUGGGAAAUGCUUGUUGUGGCCUGUCACUAGGAAGGAGCAUGGUGCUGAUGUAUCUAUCUAUCUAUCAUGUGGUUGAGCCACUCCACUCCACUCACAGUAAUAAAAAUAAAAUAAAAAUCUGCUUC